GGAUUUAAAGGGACGAAGGGACGACUACAAGUCCCAGAAGGCAGUGGGGGCGUCAGGUGACUUCCUUGGUGGAGACGUGGCCCGAGAGCGAAGAUGGAGCUUGAGGCAAUGAUCCGAUACACCAGCCCGGUCAAUCCUGCUGUCUUCCCACAUUUGACCGUGGUCCUCCUAGCAAUUGGGAUGUUCUUCACAGCCUGGUUCUUUGUAUAUGAAGUCACAUCUACCAAGUACACACGGGACAUCUACAAAGAGCUGCUGAUUUCUCUAGUAGCAUCUCUUUUUAUGGGAUUUGGAGUACUUUUCCUUCUUCUUUGGGUCGGAAUCUAUGUAUGACGGGAGCUGGGAGUGUGUGGGGAGAACUGAGAGACCAUUCCUUCAGGAUCUGCUGCAUUCACACUGACUUGCUUGUAGUCUCGAUGCCUCUGGUUAUCACAGAAGCAAAAAGGCCUUCAAGAUCCACUGUGUGGCACCUGGAAUUUUUAUCUAAACCUAUUGUACUAACAAAAAAAUAAAAGCUUUGUUCACAUUU